AUGGCGAGCAAGCAGCACCCGACUGUCCUCCUCGCCGCCUACGCCAUGCUCCUGGCCCUCGCCGCGCCCUUGCUCGCCGGCGACCCCGACAUGCUCCAGGACCUGUGCGUCGCCGACUACAAAUCACUCGACGGCCCACUGCGGCUGAACGGGUACCCGUGCAAGAGGCCGGAGAGCACGAUGGCAAACGACUUCUUCUCCGAUGUGCUGUCCGUCCCUGGCAGCACGGGCGGCAACCCGUCAGGCUCCGUGGUAACGGCGGCGACCGUAGACAAGGUCCCGGGGCUCAACACCAUGGGCGUGUCCAUGUCUCGCAUCGACUACGCACCAUGGGGCGCGAACCCGCCGCACACCCACCCGCGGGCCAGCGAGCUCCUCUUCGUCCUCGAGGGCUCCCUGGACGUUGGAUUCAUCACCAGUACCGGCAAGUUUAUCGCUCGCACCGUCUGCAAAGGGGAAAUGUUUGUCUUCCCACGCGGCCUCGUCCACUUUCAGAAGAACAACAAUGGUUCUCCCGCCGCCGCCAUAUCGGCCUUCAACAGCCAGCUUCCGGGCACGCAGAAGUUGGCUCAGGCAUUGUACACUGCCUCGCCGCCGGUUCCAUCCGACAUGCUGGCCAGGGUCGCUCGAUGUCGACGACUGCAUGGUCGAGCCGUGCGUAAUUUAACCAAUUAA